AUGCGGGGGUUGGUUCGACUUUUACUGGACAAGCUGGAGUUCGACUUGGGACUUCGUGAGACACACCAGUCCCGUUUCGCUCUCAAGUUCGAGUUGCGUUCCACUGCGGAUGCGUCUACCCCCUUCAUUUGUCCGUUAGAUCUACCGAUUACUCAGCGGAAACCAUCUGGAGAUCUGGUUGAUAAUGUGGAGUAUUUUAGCCAUAUGAUAGACAUUGUGCUGCAAACAGGAGCACGCCUUACGCAGCUCGCUUAUCCGUCGGACCAACCGAAACCGACAGAUAUCCUUUCUUUGCCGGAAGUGUUUGCACGAUGGCUCUUGUUAGAAAAGAAGUUGGCCUCCGGACGUCUGGAUGAACUGUUGUCGGCGCCCAACGCGUGGUCUAUGAUUUCAGAGGAGAAUCCUCGACCACAAUGUGCCGAGGACUUUGUCGCUCUGCUUCAGGCGGUUGGUCUACGUGGUCGUCAGUUGACGGAUCGUGUAUCUCGUACCCGAUUUUUACGAGUUCAACUCAAUUUGAUCCAACUAUUUUACGAUCGUUUGUUAGCCCAUGCUCGCUGUGAACCAGACUUUGUACUGAAAGAUAUCAAAGCCGUGCCGAAGGAUCAAACAUCGGAUGAGCCCCGGCAAGCCUCAGGUGGUCUAAGCCGACUGUUUGGCGCUUUGGGUGCGAUGGGUUCAAAAGCCACGAGNGAGUUCUCUCAAAGCGUCUGGCCAGUUGUCCACAUUGAAUUUGUUUUCCGAUCUCUCACAACCAAUCCAGUCCGGUCAAUCGAUUGCCGUGUUAAAUGCGUUGGUGCAUGUGAGAGAUACGCUUCUCCUAUUGGGUAA